AAAGCCAUCCGAGCGGAGACGAGAGAAUCUAUAAGGGAUAGGAUCACAAUUCAACAGAAGUAGCACUGAGGUGAACGAUCAGCCUUCCAAUAUUGUCGCUAUGGUUUCCUUCUAUUUCCUCGUGGCUUUCGCAGCAGUUGCCGGUGUCCUCUCUGCUCCAUCUGCUGACCCUGCCGUUGCUCUUGAAGAAAGCGCCUUUGGAGAAAUCUCCAAACGUGCGGGAACUCCCAGCUCAACGGGCACUAAUGGUGGCUAUUACUACUCCUUCUGGACUGAUGGUGGCUCCAACGUGAACUAUCAGAACGGACCAGGUGGUCAAUUCAGCCUCACCUGGUCCGGUAACAAUGGCAAUUUCGUGGGUGGAAAGGGAUGGAAGCCUGGCGGACCACGCAACGUCACAUUCUCCGGCUCUUAUAAUCCCAAUGGCAACAGCUACCUCGCCGUUUACGGUUGGACCAUCAAUCCCCUCGUCGAAUACUACGUUGUCGAAAACUUUGGCACUUACAACCCGGGCUCAGGUGGCCAAAAGAGGGACUCAUUUAGCAGCGACGGGGGUACCUACGACGUCUAUACUUCCACUCGGACCAAUGCCCCGUCCAUCCAGGGUACCAAGACCUUCCAACAGUACUGGUCUAUCCGCCGCGAAAAGCGCUCGAGCGGAACCAUCAGCGUGGGCAACCACCUCAACGAGUGGACGAAAUCUGGGAUGAAACUUGGAUCGUUCGACUACAUGAUCCUUGCUGUCGAGGGUUACCACAGCAGCGGAUCUGCCUCCAUGACUGUGGGGGAGGCGUAGUAGUGGUGUUUCCUAGGAUCGGUCUGCAUACCGGAAAGCAGCGUUGCACCGUGCCUCAAUUUGACGACGGGAUUUACCAAAUUCGAGAGACCCUAUAGGUAUCCGCCUGUUUCCAAUGCAACGAGCAAAACCCACCUGAUGCCUCCCAUGGAGACUCAUUAAACAGGCUGAUUUCUCCUUUGUACUGAUACAUCGCACAGAUGAUUGACUCCACCCAUUUCACAUAUAAAUUGGCAUAUUCCUCAUGUACAUAGACAACUUCCUCCUCAGAGGAUUCAAUACGCCCCCCAUCUGAGACGUCUUUGCUCUUCGUAGGCAUUUCAUAUCCCCCGUGUCCGCUGUGUAAUCA